AUGUCUACGCAACCUCAAGAGCAGGAUACAGUGCAACCUGCGCUCAGCAAGCACGAGGUCGGGUGGCGAAGAGUCGUCCGGAACUUUACGCCAUCUUGGUUCUCGGUCAUAAUGGGAACAGGAAUCGUCUCGAUCCUUCUCAACACACUACCGUACAACGGGAUAUGGCUAUACUGGAUCUCGGUGGUCAUUUUCUCUCUGAAUGUCCUGUUAUUCGUCGCAGCAUGCAUCCUCUCCCUUUUGCGCUACACUCUCUAUCCGGAAAUCUUCCAUGCCAUGAUCAUUCACCCGGUGCAGUCAAUGUUCAUCGGAACAUUCCCAAUGGGCUUCGCCACGAUCAUCAACAUGUUCUGUCUCGUCUGUGUUCCAACCUGGGGUGGAGCAUCCCAUAACGUUGCGUGGGCGAUGUGGAUUGCGGAUGCCGUGGUUUCUGUUGUAACAGCUCUCUCGCUGCCUUUUAUACUGAUAUCAAGAAAUGACGAAACACAGCUCUCCUCCAUGACCGCCGUUUGGCUACUACCCAUUGUCAGCUGCGUGGUAGCGGCAUCUUCGGGUGCAAUGGUCGCAGAUAUUCUACCCAAUCCACAGCACGCAUUAUGGACGGUGAUUGUCAGCUACGUGCUUUGGGCGAUUGGAUUACCCCUGGCAUUGAUGGUCAUGGUAAUCUACCUGCAGCGCUUGACCCUCCACAAAAUCCCUCCAAAGGCUGUGAUUGUCAGUGUUUUCCUCCCGCUUGGACCGCUGGGGCAGGGUGGAUUUGGCGCAAUGAAACUCGGCAAAGCAGCUGAGAAAAUCUUCCCCGAGACGGGGACCUUGAAUCCCUCGUCUGGCCCGAUACUCUACACUGUCGGUUUCCUGAUUGGCCUGACGUUAUGGUCAUUCGGCCUGGUCUGGCUCUUCUUUGCAUUAGCGUCCAUUGUAAAAUGCAAGACGUUUCCGUUCAAUAUCGGCUGGUGGGGGUUCACUUUCCCGAUUGGCGUUUUCACGGCGUGUACAUGUCAACUGGGGGCUGAGCUGCCAUCGGAGUUCUUUAGGGUAUUAGGGACGAUACUCUCAGUGUGUGUCGUCAUCCUCUGGGUCGUCGUCAGCCUCGGAACGCUCAAGGGCGUGUUGUCCGGACGAAUAUUCCAUGCUCCGUGUCUCGCGGAUUUGCGGCCCAAGAAGGACGUCCGAGAUGUUGCCUAG